AUGAUGCGGCUGUGCCCCCUGCUGUUGGUCCUGGCCCUGGCCGCCAUCCCCCACGCCCGGGGCGCUUGCCCGGUGCCCACCGAUCUUAAGAAGACCAAUGGGACGCGCACGUGCGCCAAGCUCUACGACAAGAGCGACCCUUACUACGAAAACUGCUGCCGGGGCGCCGAGCUGUCGCUGCCGCCGGGCGCCGACCUGCCCUUCCUGCCCUCGGACUGGGCCAACACGGCCUCCUCGCUGGUGGUGGGCCAGCGCUGCGAGCUCACCGUGUGGUCCCGGCCUGGCAAAGCUGGCAAGACCCGCAAGUUCUCGGCCGGCACCUACCCUCGCCUGGAGGAGUACCGCAGGGGCAUCCUGGGCGACUGGUCCAACUCCAUCUCCGGACUCUACUGCAAGUGUAACUGAGGCAUCCAGGAUCAUCCAUCUGUAGCCCACACAGUGAUGA